AUGCCAUCUCCAUCUCCACCUCCACCACCACCCAAAGACCCUCAACCCUCCCCCUCACCUCCUCACCGCAAACCCAAACCCAAACCCCCUCAUCGCGCCACUGAAACCGAAGAAGAAAGAGCCGCUCGCCACCGCGCUCACCAUGAGAAGCGUCGACAAGCCAGAAGACUAGCUCGUCAGUACGAAGAUUCCGAGGGCGGGCGCGAAGAGAAGAAGAAAGAGAGAGAUGAUAGGAGAAAGACGGAAAAAACUGAUAAAGAAGAAAAACAGGGACUUUUCAGCAAGAGUCGAAAGAGUAUUGGAAGGGGCAUUAUGGCAUUGGGGAAGUGUGUAGCGGGGAAUGGGGAUGCAGAUGCGGAGGAGAAGGGAAAGGGGAAGAGAGAGGUGAAAAAGGAUGUUGGUGAUGGUGGGAAAGCUGAGGAUGAGGAAUAUAGGAGGAGAAGACGAAGAAGACGUAGUAGUGUGGGGGUAGAUGAAUGUGAUUGUGAGGAGAAGAGAAAUGGAGAGAAAGAUAGAGAGGACAGCGAGAGGAAAGUUCGAUUUGAUGCUAAAUCACUUGUUCCUGAAGACAGACCACGAACCGAGCGAAAUGAGGGAGAACCUCGUAAAUCUACACAGCUAGCCAAAUCAUCACCCUCUCCCCCUGCUAGAAAUAAAACUGCAUCUCCCACAGCAAAAGAAAAAGAAAUCGAAGAACGCAAUCUCAUCGAAGCAAGAAAGUUGCACAUUGCCCAACGAGCCCGUGAAGAACGCACUAAAGCCGAACAAGAAAGAAUGGCCCAGAUUCUCUCGGUCGAGAUAAUUCAAAAGCAGAAAGAAGAACGUGAUCGUAUCACACGAGAGAAAGCUUUACUCCAGCGGGAAAAAGAAAAGGAGAGAGAAAAACAAGGAAACAUCCGUCGAGAAUCCAUCCGUAAAGCCACCGAAGAGCGAGUUGCACGCGAGAAAAACGAACGUGCAGAAAAAGAACACCAAGCACAGCUUUUACGAGAAGAACAGAUUCGUCAAGAAAGAGAGCUACAAAACCAACGAGAACGAGAACGAGAACUACAAAAAGAACGAGAAAAAAUCCUCCAAGAACGUAAACGACAAGAAGCUCAGCGUCUCCAACAACAAAAACAACAAGAAGAACUCGAAGCCCAGCGACAACGUCAAGCCGAAACCGCUCGUCUCCUCAAACUCAAAGAACAGAAGCUCCAAGCCCAGCGCGCUCAAGAAGCAGAAAUCGCAGCCGCAGCUGCAGCCGCUCGAAGAAAGGCUGAUGAAAGAGCAAAAGCAGACGCAGAAGCAAAAGCGAAAGCAGAAAAAGAAGCAAAAGCAAGAAAAGAGCAACUAGCCGCACAAAACCACCUCGCGGCCCAACGCCUCGCGCUCGAGCGCGUUAAAGCCCAAGCCCAAGCUGCCGCCAAAAAGCCCCCUCCCCCCGCACUAACCCCUACCAACCUCCUCGCCGUACCUCAACAACCCCCCAAAUGUAUCGGCAACAUGGAGCGUACCAUCCUCGAAGGAUACGUACCGAUGACUUCCGCAGAACUUCUAGCGCGGGAUAUCGCGCUUGGAGUGGUGGUGCCGCCGAGACCGGUGAGGUGUAUUGGAAAUAUGGAGAGGACGAUUUUGGAGGGGUAUGUACCAAUGAGUGAGGAGGAGAUGAGGAAGAAGGAGGGGAGGUGA